ACCCCACUAACAAGUAACAGAGUUACAGAGCUCGAUUACUCCGUACAUGAGAACGCGUUGUGGAAAUUCAACUUUCGAGAAACUUGUCUUGCAAUUUUCGCAAGAAUUCGAAAAGACCUUUUUCAAUCCAAAAACAACUUGUCAAAUCAAUCGGGAACGAGUUUAAUUUAAAAAACAAUCCCAAUUUGGCGCUAUUUUACUCAUUCCUCUAUUAAAUGCCGAAAAACCCACUAAAAUUCCCACACAUUUCAUCAUCAAUGGCGAAUCAAUUCAUACCCCAGACCCUAAAACCAUGUCAAAAACCCAAUAAUUUGAUAAAACCCCCUCUUUUAUCUGACAUUUUUGGGCAAAAAAACCUUAAAAAAUGGCCGAUUAAGGUGAAAUUCCCAGGUUGGAGAAAGCCCCAUCAAAAUUGGGCUAUUUGGGUUGAGAAAGUAAGCCUCAAAUUCGCCAAAAGCUGGGAAUUAUCAGGUAUUUGUGAUGGAAUUCUUUCUUCUCUACAUGAAAUUAAACCUAACCCAGAAAUUGUUCUUGCUUUAUCUGAAUAUUGGUGUUCUGCAACCAAUACUUUCCAUUUCCCAUGGGGAGAAGCCACCAUUACCUUGGAAGAUGUAAAUGUUUUAUUUGGGUUGCCUGUUUUAGGAGAAGCUGUGAAUGUUUCUGCUGUUGAUACUUCACAUAAGAAUUUGGAAUCGAAAUUACAAAGAAUAAAAAAUUCUCUGUCGAUUAGUACAAAUGAGAGUAAUGGUUGGAUUAAGUAUUUUAAUGAUGAGAAUGAUGAGAUAGAGCAUGUGGGGUUUUUGGCAUUUUGGCUUUCGAUGUUCGUCUUUCCGGACCUUGAUGACAGAAUAGUAGGAUCACAUGGUUUCUCUGUUGCUGUUCGUCUUGCUAGAGGGGCAAAGAUUGCUCUUGCUCCGGCUGUUCUUGCUUGUUUGUAUCGGAAUUUGACAUUUCUUACUCAGCAUGCUGCUGAUUUUGAUUCUGCUAAGAAGCAGAUUUCUGUCCCUGGUCCAUUUCAAAUUUUGCAACUUUGGGCUUUAGAGCGGUUUCCCUUGUUAGGGUCGAAAUUAGCAAAGCCUUUGAGUUUAGGGCAACCUAGAAUUGGUAGGUGGGAUAAGGUGAGUUUUAAGGCCAGUUUAGUUGAUGUAAGAAAAGCAUUGAGAUCAUCCGGUGAGUGUUUUUGUUGGCGGCCUUACGCUUUGGACUUGAAGAAUUGGCGGCAUAGAUAUUUCAACCUUGAUGUUGACAAGUUAUUGUCUGAUUUUUCGGGUGAUGAUGAUGAAUUGAAAUCAUUUCGUGUGUGUUUGCAGCCUACAGAGUUGAUUGGGAUGGAUUGUACGGCAACUUAUGAGCCUCAAAGGGUUAUGAUGCAGUUUGUAUGUGGUCAAAAGGUUCAUGCAGAAACUGAAUUUUCUAUCCCUUUAGAAUCAGGAAAGGUCAGAUUGCGAUUGCUUGAAGCCCGAAAACCAUCUGAAGAGGUUGAUAACACAUUGCAGGAGAGUGCUCAUGGAAAUGCUAUUAUAGAAGGCCUUGAGCCGGAGUGCAAGGAUGAUGAUCAUAAGAAGCUGAUACCAGCAAGCAACAUUAUAAAAACAGAAUUAAAUACUGAUGUUACUCCUGAAAGAGAAAUCCUUAAUGUUUCGGCUAGUGACAAUGUUACUAGGGAUGAAGAACAAAGUUCGGAAGGCCUGGUGGUUAUGGACUCAGAUGAUAAGAUGGCUGAUAAAAUGGAGUGCAAAGAUGUUAUGCGGUCAAGGAGUAGAACAAUGAAGUCGAAAACAAGGGUUGGGGAUUCAGCUGAUUAUCCCUUGCUCCUCGAUGAAUACUCAAGCAAGCCUGUAAAAAAGGUUAAAAAGUCAGCAUGAAAAUGCAUGAAGUUAUAUUUUUUGGUAAAUCAAUGCAUGAAGCUGAUAUUUGCAGUUCUGCAAAAUCAAAUGAGGAAUAAUUUCUGAGGUUAUCUGUUCAAGUAUUCUUCCUUUCUUUUUAGUUCCUGAACAAUUAGGCAACGGCUUUUACAAAAUGCAACAUUACACAACUAUUAGAACGGCAUACACAUCCGGCCCUCACCGUGACAAGUACAGUCCCCGGAAAGAAUCCAUACAGAGUUGAUUGUAUCCAAUCCCCCAUCAUUCUUGGUCAUCUGAGGGUUCGCCUCAAGUCAUUGUUGUCCUGUUAAAGUUUAAACUGAGGUGACAUUUUCUAAUUUGCUUUUCUGGCUCUUAUUGCUGCGGAUAUUGCCUUCAAAUACUGAUCAGCCUUGCUUAUUAAUACUCCAAAUAGCAAAAAACUUUAUGCAGCUAGUAAUUUUACCUUGAUUUGGGCACUAAUUUCACGGUUAUUAGUCUAGAUGCAACUUACCUCUCUUAAGCACUCAGCUACUACAGUAAUCAGAAUUUAGCAGUUCAAGAGAGUGUACCAUAUACUUCCUCGGUUCUAAUUUACAUGACACAAUUGGGUUUAUGACAUUAUUCACACAAGCUCCUUU